CUGGCGUGGUCGACAUGUAUGGGUCUGCUGGAGGUCUACGGGAGCUACGACCAGCCGUGCUAGCUGCUCGUGGUUUCGCCGUUCUCUCAUUGGCGUUUUUUGGCUAUGAGGACCUGGUUCCCGACCUGACCCACCAGCUGGACACGGCGUAUUUCCAAGAAGCUGUUGACUUCGUGCUUCAUCAUAAGAAGGUUAUCAAGAACGGUGUUGGCGUCAUGGGCUUCAGCAAAGCUGGAGACAUCGUUCUUAGUCUCGGAGCGGACAUUCCAGAAGUGAAAGCAGUCAUUUCCCUGAACGGCUGCGUGUCCAACAUCUUCGGUUCCAUGAGGUUCAAGGAUGGAUCUGUUAUUGAAGGGCUUUACGGCGACAACAGCCGCAUUCUGAUCACUCCAGAGGGCGCUGGUGAUGGCACACACUUGGUCAAUAACCCUCUGGAUUACCCAAAAACCAUCAUUCCCAUUGAGAAGAUCAAAUGCAAGGUCUUAUGGUUCACUUCACUCGAUGACAAAAACUUCCGUGGCACGGAAAUGGUGCAGAUAAUAAAGCAGUUGCUCAGAGAACGCAACCCAGAGGCUCUCGAAAAAUACUGGGAGUUCAUGGAGGGACCUAACGCUGGACAUGUGAUCGAGCCGCCAUAUCUUCCUUACACGUCGGCGUCGUAUCACAGGCUGGUCAAUGGCGUCAUGAUAUGGGGCGGCAGCGCUGUGGACCACAGCAUCGCUGAGGUCAAACUCUGGAAAAGAAUACAAGAAGUUCUACGUCAGGAGUUGAUCCCUGCUGAAUAAUGACUCCUUGGUAUUGUAGAUUUAAAACUCUAGUAAAGAAUACAAGAUGGUCUACGUAAGCAGUUCAUCAAUGCUGAAAAUAAACCAUUUGCAAGACAGGAGCAAGCAAGAGAAUGAUUCGCGUUUCUUCACUGAAUUGUAUGCUACCAUUCAGCUGGCCUUAUUCCAUGCUUCAAGAUACACACCUUCAGUUAAGCGUCAUUACUUAGUUACCUGGCUGAAAACAUGAGCGUAUCUUAAUGUCUAUUGCAAGCUUCAGGAUUAAGAGUGAACAAAAGCUUUAUUUGUCAAGAUAUACGGGCUGAUACAUGUCAGGUUUUGCUUUAUUUAACGGUGUCAAUUUUAGUAUUAAGGACAGCGCCUUUAUGAAUCACUAAAUUAUAUUUUUUCAUGCUCGAAAUUCUCACGCAUGUAUAGUAAAUCCUGAUUGCCGCUAAACGUGAAUAUACUUGAAUUUUGAAUAUGAAUUAAUUCUGAAGCCCGUGCCAGCUACAAAAAUUCCAAAAAUGCAAAAUUUUUGUCAUUCAAGAAAUUAACGAUUUCUUAUGGAUGCUUUCAUGAAUCUCCCUCUACUUUGUUGAAAAGGAAUCACAACAAAACUAAUGUUACAGAUUGAUAUAUAAAUAUAAGUAUAUAUGUACUGUAAGGCUUUUUUAAUUCUACAGUAUUACGUAUAUAUUAAUUCCUAUUUAGACUCAGCUUACGUCAGCAGUAUUUAAGUUGUACUUGAAAAUCUCGUUUCCAUUUACUAUUUUGCAAUUUUCAUUAUUUGACUUUGUAUCCUGUACCAUAUCUGCUCAAAAAUCGAUGGUGCAUUCUAAUUUUUAGUAUUUAUAUUUUACCUAGAAAUAUUAUUUAUAGUUAGUGCUUGAAGUAUUGAUAGUCCUAGUGUUUCUCUUGCCCGUGUUGCUCAAUAACUGAAGAUGCUGUGUGGUCCAACUGGCAGCCUCUGAGUUUAUCGUAAUACAGCGAAAUUAUAAAACAUCGUAAUAAUGUGCAAAAAAAUUAUUUAAAUGAA